AUGAGAAGCGCGGUUGCCGCUGUUUCGUCGUCCUGCGCAAACCUUCCUCCCUCGACUCGUGAACAAGGCUUCGACAUCUGGGUUUCGCUGCUCGCAAAGAGAGGGAGCAUGCACGUGGAGGAGGCGCCUCAUGGGUACGAACCGGGCAACAUUCUGGUCACCGGGGCAGCGGGGUUCAUUGGGAGCCACGUGGCGGCACACCUGGUGUACCACCACCCGGGCAGCACCGUCGUGGGGCUGGACAAGCUGGACUACUGUGCAAGCACGGACAACCUGCGCGAGGCCGCGCUGAGCCGCAACUUCGUACUGGUGCGCGGCGACCAGGCUAGCUCGGACCUGCUGCUGUACGUGCUGCGGACGCAUGCCAUCGACACCGUCAUCAACCUCGCCGCGCAAACGCACGUGGAUGCGUCCUUCCACGCCACGUUGCAGGAGGCUGUGCGGACGACCGGCACCGUCCGGCGCUUCCUCCACGUCAGCACCGACCAAGUCUACGAGCCGACGCCGCCCGAGAAAGAGCACGGCCACUCGGAGGCCGCCCGGCUGCAGCCCAUCAACCCUUACGCCGCGAGCAAGGCAGGAGCGGAGAUGCUGGUCCUGGCGUACGGCACCGCCUACCACCUGCCCGUCGUCAUCGUGCGCAGCAGCUUCCUCAUGGGCCUCCAGCUCAUUCCCAAAUACCUGAUGCGCGCGCUCGCGGGCCAGCCGUUGCCGAUCCAUGGGCGCGCGAGCGACUACGCGCGCUCCUUCCUCUACGUUGAGGACGCCGUAGCUGCUCUGGCAACGGUGCUGGCGCGCGGGGAGGAGGGCGAGGUGUACAACUGCGCGGGAACGGAGAGGACGGUCGCGCAAGUAGCGCAGGACGUGCGCGCGCUCGUCCGAAUGGCCUCAGGGUCGAGCACUGCCGUGGACAUCCAGACGGUGGAGAACCGCCCUUUUGACGACGGCAGCUAUCGGAUCGACGAUAGAAAGCUUCGGCAGCUGGGGUGGCGGCCCCGCGUGUCGUGGUGGGACGGUCUGCGCUCCAGCUUGGCCUGGUACCGCGACCACGGGCGCCAGCACUGGGGCAACAUCGCACACGUCUUGGGUGCCAGCCACGAAACGGAGCCGCCAGCGUUACAGCCACCGGCCUCGUAG